AUGUCGGACUCUAACACUCCAAACCCUCCAGGUACCGAAGAGAGACUUGUUCAGCAACUGGACAGUUACUUCUCCAAUACUGCGACUGGGAAUGAAACUGGCGAAGCAUCAGCUCCAGCGGCUCCUAACAAUGCGGCUGGAACUUCAGACCAAGACCGUCCUCCAAACCUUGCUCCGAUCCUUAUGUUGUCAUAUUUGAAUCAUUGUAUGUCGAAAAAAAGUUUUACGCCUGAGGACAUUCAAAAAUCUGUUUGGGAGCAGAAAUCUAAAAAACUGUCACAGGAAGAUUGGGAAUUUUGUAAAUAUUUUAUAAGUAGCAAGGAGCUCCUUCUACAACUGGCUCCUGGAAAAAAACGUAAAACUCAAGCACAAGCUCUUAUCGAGCUCAUUCUCAAAAAGUUUCCUGGUGUAGGUGUUGAAAUGCUAACACGACUUCUCGAUCCAUCGGAAUCUGCAUACAUCAUUUAUGAUGUAAUUGAACAAGUUAAAUGUGAACCUAAAUGCGAUGCUGAGUCUAUCAAGCAAGAAGAAUUCAUGUAUAGCCAGAAAAUCAAUAAGAAAAUCCGAGAGAACAACAAAUGUUUCAAGUUUAGUAUGGUUUUUGAACGACUUCGUAACGGCAGUUCUCUUCCCGAAGAGAAACCAUUUGCUCCUCUAGAGUUUAGAACAAUUACAUCUGAAUACUCGAAUAUCUACACACAAAUGGUCAAAGCAACGACAUAUGUUGAACUAAUGGAUGUAAUGUCAAAGCUUAAAACCACAAGAUUAUCAGUUAACGAACUGUAUUUUUCUGCAAAGCAUAUGCAAAAUCCAGAGAAGGAUACUCAGGAUGAAUUUUGGGAGGCGGAGUCAGAGAAAGUUUUGGAACUGCAGCCAUUAAUGAUCGACCCACAACUCGAAUCAACGAGCCGACAGCGUCUUAAGAUUCUCCAAGAACUUGCCCUUCAACAGAAGAUGUUGAAAGAAGUUGAUGAAAUUAUCUCAAUGAGCUUUGAGCUUGUCACUAAAAGCUUAUCAACUGGGAAUCCACACAAUCCAGCAGAUGUCCAAUCACUAAUGAUUAACUCAAACGCUCCAAGUAUUCCAGAUCAAAGAAAAAACGACUGGAUGGAAUAUUACAAUCUCAACCCGCUUGGCCAGUACCCAAUAUCAAGCCACUUCCCAAGAUCAGACAGAAUAGGUCCUAAAUUACCAGCAGUCAUUCAGAAAAUUUCAAUUCGUUAUUGCUUAUCGAAAGAAAUCGAAGUUAUUGAGACUAUCGACGAAUGGAAAUGCCGCGAAUUCUGCACGUAUGAUCACAAUUUGAAGGAUUUCCGACGACACAAGUGUGAGAUUUGUGAAGUUGAAGUUCAAGAGUGUGAUUUAUCUCUGCGUCAGACAAAAUGGUGCUCACAUAUUGAGGACCAAGUGCUCUUAAUGUAUAAUAGAGUUAAUGGACGACUGGAACAGUAUGUAUUUUCAUUCGAAACAAAAGGAUUCAAAGAAGUGUACUGUUCAUGCAUUGAAGUCACCUAUAGAGGAAAAAAUGGACCUGAAGAACCAGUGCUGCUCACAAAUGGAAGUGAGCACGUAGUUAUCAAGGAAGCAGAUCCCGGAGUUGUAAAGCUGCAGUUAGUUGGUGAGAAUCACGUGGAGAUUCCCGCUGUCCCUGUUCAACAAUUGUCCGCAGAAGAAAUUGAGAUGCAGGAUGCUUAUGACAGCUCUAGUGAGUCUGGUUCAGAAUCCGAAGUGGAAUCAGAAUCUGAUUCAGAAUCUGAAUCUGAGUCUGAACACGAAUCCGAACAAAUCUCAUACAACAAAACCUUCAUAAGUACUCUACCAAUGUUCAAAGUGCGACAUUGUCCCCUCUCCCGAAAAGAUGUGCUCUACGUUCGUUCAAACAAUCUUGGUCAGUAUGAGAAGUAUGAUUAUCAUCCAACAUACCACCGGUUCGAGCCAUUUAAAUGCUCAAAAUGCAAAGACGCCACAUCGGAAGAUCACUUGGUUCCAAAGUAUGCAGAGCACUGUCCGGAAACCAAUGAGUUUGUGAUUCACACGGAGAACUUGUUCACAGAACGAAUGGAGCAGUAUAUUUAUGAUUCGAUGACCCAAGGAUUCCGCCAAGUUUACUAUCCACAGUUCCUCUAUGAUCCUUCCAAGGAUCAUACUUCGAACGUUUUUGUAACUGUGAACUACUUGUCAACAGUUAUCACAAGAGACAAAGAUGGGAGGUUCAAGAAGGAAAAAUUCUGCGAUAAUCUGAAGAAGUUUGUGGCGAUUCCCGAAGUUGAAGUGAAUACUUUCACUGUGCAAGAAUUGGAGAAGAAGAAGAACAAGCGUCGCGUGGAUUCGGAUUCGGAUAGUUUCGAGCAUAUCGAAAUUCCAGACAUGGUUUCCGCGUCUCCAUAAGCUUACUGGAUUGUGAUCUUUAAUUUUGCUCAAUUUUUCUACCUUUUAUCUAAUUUUCAAUGCGUUUCAAUAUUUGUUUCAAAGCCCAAAUAAAGUU